CAGCACAGACAAGGGGGGUAGAUGCUGAGUGACUGGGCAGCGGCAUACAAGCCCUGGGCACCGCUCUGCCACUGGAAGCUGGACUCAGCAGCCCUCGGAUAUUUACCAGUCACCCUCUAGCCUGGUACCCUGACAAUGAAGAGACCGUGUGAUGACACCAGCUCCGACAGUGACCUGGAUGAGACCAUAGAUGUGGGCAGUGAGAAUAAUUACUCUGGACAUAGUAGUGGAUCUUUAAUUCGAUCAAACUCUCCUACGACAACAUCACAGAUCAUGGCCAGAAAGAAGCGGAGAGGGAUUAUAGAGAAACGCAGGCGAGAUCGUAUCAAUAACAGUCUGUCUGAAUUAAGGCGACUUGUGCCGACCGCUUUUGAAAAGCAAGGAUCUGCAAAGUUGGAAAAAGCUGAAAUUCUCCAGAUGACGGUAGACCAUUUAAAGAUGCUGCAGGCAACUGGCGGUAAAGGCUACUUUGAUGCCCACGCCUUGGCAAUGGAUUUCAUGAGCAUUGGUUUUCGAGAGUGUUUAACAGAAGUUGCAAGGUAUCUUAGCUCUGUUGAAGGCCUGGAUACAACAGACCCUCUCCGAGUUCGGCUAGUCUCUCAUCUUAGCACAUGUGCCUCACAGAGAGAAGCAGUAGCUAUGACCUCAAUGACUCAGCACCAGCAUUCCGUGCAUCCUCACCACUGGGCGGCAGCUUUCCAUCAACUUCCUGCUUCUUUGCUACAACAAAAUGGACUCUCUUCCUCUGAGAACAUGCCUUGCAGACUGUCCACAAAUACAGAGUUACCACCACAACAUAGUUCUGCCCUUCUCACAGCUACAUUUGCUCAUGCAGAUGCUGCUCUAAGAGUGCCUUCUGUGGGCAAUGUAGCUUCAGGUGUUCCUCCUCUUUCUACCUCUUUGCUCUCACUUUCGGCUACAGUACAUGCCGCAGCAGCUGCUGCAGCUGCACACAGCUUUCCGCUGACAUUUGCUGGAACAUUCCCUUUACUGCCACCAGGGGCAGCAGCAGCCAUGGCAGCUUCUGCAACAGCUGUUUCUUCUCCCUUGUCUGCAAGUUCUAGUCCUCGGCAAGCAAGCACCAGUGGAAAUAGCAAGCCAUAUCGGCCCUGGGGGACUGAAGUAGGAGCCUUUUAACUUGCUGCUAUUUAAGUGGACUUAUGUAAAAACAGUCAUGUGCAGGAACAACAUCUUUAGUAGUAUUAAAAUAUAAUGUCUGAAAUAUGCAGAUGACCUGUGGAUUUAGGGAAUACAUAACAAUCUAACAGCAUAUGUUGCUUCUAGAGUUUGGAUAUCACAUAUUGUUACAUCUCUAAGGCAGAUUUACUGAAAAAUCAAGAAGGACAUGUGAUGGCUUCACCUAUAUGCAGGUGGGACAACCUUGUGUCCUUAGCUACAUCACCAUAAUUUCAGGCAGUCCGUGAAUGUAUGAAUAAUGGCUAUACAGACAGGUUAAAGGGGUAUUCCGGGCAAAAACAUCUUAUCCCC